AUGGCCGAAACUAAACUCUCUCCAGAAGAGCUCCUCAGCACUCCCCUCCAUGGUCUCUACAUUCCCGUCGGUCUUGUCAUUGUCGGCGUCGCCAUUGUUGAUUGGCACUAUAUCCCAUAUGCCGUCGUAGUUGCCUUACUUAUGGGAGCUUUCAAAGUCUGGCGUGGACGCCCCAAGAAAAUCAUCGAUCCGGAAAAAUACACUGAGUUCCCUCUGGUUGAAAAGAUCCCCGUUUCUGCAAACACAAACAUUUACAAGUUUGCUCUCCCAAGAAGCACCGACCGUCUUGGACUCCCUAUUGGACAACACAUUACAAUCUCUGCUUCCAUCGAUGGCAAGGAAGUCACCCGUUCUUACACACCAAUCUCUACCGAUGACACCGAGGGCUCUUUUGAACUCCUUGUUAAGACUUAUCCCAAGGGCAACAUUUCCAAGUACCUUGACAACCUUAGUCUCUACGAAGGCAUCAAGGUCCGCGGUCCCAAGGGAAAGAUGCAAUACAAGCCAAACAUGGUUAAGAAUAUUGGUAUGAUUGCUGGUGGCACUGGCAUUGCUCCCAUGCUCCAGGUCAUUAGCGCCAUUGUUCGUGAACCCACAGACACUACCAACGUUAGUCUUAUCUUUGCAAACGUCACUGAGGAAGACAUUCUUCUCAGAGAGGAUAUCGACCAGCUUGCUGAGAAAUACCCCAACUUUAAGGUCCACUAUGUCCUGAACGAGGCUCCUGCCAGCGGUAACUGGGAUGGCUCUCUUGGUUUUGUUACUGAAGACAUUAUCAAGACCCAUCUUCCUGCUCCUGAUGCUGAUACCAAGAUCUUCAUCUGUGGUCCUCCCCCCAUGGUUUCUGCCAUGAAGAAGGCCACUCUUAAUCUUGGUUACCAGAAGGCCAGCCCUGUUUCCAAGCCCGAGGAUCAAGUUUUUGUCUUUUAA